AAGGAAUCAGAAAUCAUCACGCAUUUUCUUUGAUACCAAUCCAAACAUUCUCUCUCAAAAAAAAAAAUCGUCCAUCUCCUGCUAGCUAUCCACCAUCCGGAGCCUCUCUCUUUCGCAUCCUCUUCUUGGGUUACUCUUCCAUCUAUGUAGUUAAUUUUUCCAUCAAAUUAAUGUCUCUCCACCUGCAUGUUUUCAGCUUUGAGCAUUAAGAAGUCAGCUAAAAGCGAAGAUCGUUAUUUGGCAUCCUCUUCUUGGGUUACUCUUCCAUCUCUCUAGUUAAUGUUUCCAGCAAAUUAAUGUCCCGCCACCUGCAUGUUUUCAGCUUUGAGCAUUAAAGUCAGCUAAAAGCGAAGAUCGAUAUAUGGCAUCCUCUUCUUGGGUUACUCUUCCAUCUCUCUAGUUAAUUUUUCCAGAAAAUUAAUGUCUCUCGAGCUGCAUGUUUUCAGCUUUGAGCAUUAAGAAGUCAGCUAAAAGCGAAGAUCGUUAUUUGACAUCCUCUUCUUGGGUUACUCUUCCAUCUCUGUAGUUAAUUUUUCCAGCAAAUUAAUGUCUCUCCACCUGCAUAUUUUCAGCUUUGAGCAUUAAGAAGUUAGCAAAAGGCGAAGCGAUUUGGGCAAACUUUUGCAAUAUGACCCUCACGGUUACACAGUUGACAAGUUACUUUAUAUCGUUGCGGGCAUAUAGUAGCAACAUGUCCAGAAAUAUCACAUAUUUGGCAAACAACGUUGUCUUCAUUUUUAGGCAAUGGACUGUCUUGGGGGAUUGCAAUAUGAUUCCUUGAUGUUGUCAACUUCUUCCUUAGAGGACUCCGAGAUGGACAAUCCCAUAAUGAUUCAGGAGUAUCCGCAACAAUUCCUAUCUGCCGGAUCGUUCUUCGCUGCAACUUCCAGCAAACCUCCUCCACGUGGUGUGGUUGCUUACAGACGCUGGAGGAUGAACCAAAAUGCAAGGAUCAACAAGGAAAGCUGCCGACGUCCGCUAGCUGGAGGCUCAUGAACAAUGCAAGGAAAAUAUACAUGCAAAAAUAAAUCAAUCAAUUGACC